UCUUUGCCCAAAUUUCAUUCUUCAUAAACGUUACUCUCUAUCCCAUUUUCGAAGCAGAUCGUUCGCAGCUAAGCAACUCUUCUUCUCUUCUUUUUGAUAUGAAACCAAAUCGCAAGCUCAAGAAAGCUGAUUCAUCUUCGAAGCUUGUAUUGGAGGAAAUUAUCGGUACCACAACAAAGAACAACAAUGGAUUGGCUUCCAAUGUCAAUUCUGCAAACUGCGUCUAUUUGGCCGGAUGCGUUGUGGUGGUUCAUAAUGUUCACUCUGGUACGCAGUCGCACCUCGUGGUGCCUCAUCGGUUGUGCAAACCUCUGAGCUGUGUUGCAAUGUCUCUGGAUGGCCGCUUUGUGGCUGCUGGAGAGUCAGGGCCUCAACCCGCAGUAUUUGUGUGGGACUUAGCUGGCAUGGCCUUUCUAUCAGAACUGAAAGGUCAUCUCUAUGGUGUUGCUUGUCUUGCCUUUUCACCUGAUGGGAAAUAUCUUGUGUCUGUUGGGGGAUAUAUAUAUAUUUGGGACUGGCGGACCUCAAUGUUGCUAACAAAGCUCAAAGCAAGCUCAUCUUGUACGGCCAUCUCAUCUGUAUCCUUCUCGUCAGAUUCAAAAUCCAUUUUAACCGCUGGGAAGAAGCACUUGAAGUUCUGGACAAUUACAUCCCCUAAGACCCAGUUUAAUUUAGGGACAAGUUCAUUGUCUUUGCAUGGAAAACCUGUUAAUCUUGGUGCCCAUCAAGGAAGCUCAUUUGUUUCUAUCACCUCUGGCUUGUCGACCGACGGAAGCUCAGGUGAAGUCUUUCCCAUGUAUGCAUUGACUGAAUCAGGUGUCCUUUGCCUCGUGAACUCAGGAUUUUCAGUUACGAAGUCCGUAAGUUUAAAGGUCGAUAAAUGUUUCGCUGUAUCUGCAUCUAGCAAGUUAGUUGCUUGUGCCUGCAGCAAUGGAAUAGUACGACUUUAUGAUGCUGAGAGUCUCCAAUAUGGAGGAAGUUUCACCUAUUCAAGAUCCAAGCAAUUCGACGGGGAAAGCAAUAUGGUUCAUCUCAUGAAAGAUGAUGGAAAUGAUCUUCGAAGCUUACCUGUUCUUCCUGAUGCGGUUGCAUGUUUUUUUUCAACCUCAGAAAAGCUUGUGGUUAUUUAUGGAGAUCACAAUCUUAACAUAUGGGAUAUCCACGACGUGAAGCAGGUGACCAGGUCUUGUGUGCUAGUUUCACAUUCUGCUUGCAUAUGGGAUAUCAAGGUUCUUUGUUGUGAGAACAUGCACGAUCCCUCUCUUGCUUGUGCUGCUAGAGGUUGUUCAGGAGGAAUGUCUUUUGCAACAUGCUCAGCAGAUGGUACUAUUAGGUUGUGGGAUCUAGCUUUGGAACCUGAUUCAGAAGAUGCAAUGGACAAUCAAGUACGACAAGAGACCACUACACGCUUAGAAAGUGCUGGGAUAUUUGAUCGUGAAACUGUGGAGGCUGGUUUGAACUCUCGAGACUUUCGUUCUCUGGCAGCAAGUUCAGAUGGAAAAUACCUUGCCGCUGGUGAUUGUGAUGGGAACAUUCACAUAUUUAACCUGCUUACUUCUGAUUAUACAUGUCUUCAGGGUGCUCAUGAUGCAGAGGUCCUAUCAUUAAGCUUUAGCUCGUUGAGUAGAAAUGAUGAUGUAUCUAAAGAAGUUAUGCAAAGUCAUUACUACCUGGCUUCAUCGAGUCGGGAUCGGAUUAUCCAUCUUUAUAAUGUUGAAAGGAAUUUUGAUCUCUCCGAUAGUAUUGUUGAUCAUUCAGCAGCUGUAACUUCGGUAAAGAUCAGUUGCAAUGGACACAAAAUUAUAAGCUGCAGUGCUGACAGGUCUUUGAUUUUCCGUGAUUUCACCACAAUAGAUAGUGGUCAUAAGAUUUCCCGCAGCCAUCACCAAAUGGCAUCUCAGGGUACUGUCUACGAUAUGGCUAUAGAUCCUAAAACAGAUGUUGUUGUUACAGUUGGGCAGGAUAAGAAGAUCAAUACAUUUGAUAUUGCUUCUGGGAAGCUGAUAAGAUCUUUCAGGCAAGAGAAAGAUUUCGGGGAACCAAUAAAAGUCGCAAUGGAUCCAAGUUGCAGCUACCUUGUUUGCUCCUAUUCGAAUAAGUCUAUAUGUGUGCAUGAUUUCGUUACUGGGGAUAUGGUUGUACAGGGAAUGGGGCACGGUGAAGUUAUUACUGGUGUUAUUUUCACACCGGACUGUAAACGCAUUAUUUCUAUAGGAGGGGAUGGUUGCAUUUUUGUAUGGAGACUUCCUGCACUUUUAUCUUCAAGGAUGCGCCAGAAAAUGAAUGAAGGCUCUGGUCCAUUGUUUCCCGGAAGCAUGACUCAGCCUAUGCCUUUUAGUCAAAUCAUGUUGUAUGAGAAGGAUGGGUAUGAAGAAAAGCUACAUACAACCAGUUCUGGUAAUGGUUAUCGGCCGGAAGAUUCCAAGCAAGAUGGUUUUCAGGGGCUUCAUCAGGGAGGAGCUGCUCCGGGGGCAACAUUUAGAUUUAGCAUUUCAAGACUUCCUAGAUGGGCACAAGAUAAAGUAACAAACUCUGAAAGUGCCCAAGUAAAUCUUGUGUCCACGCCUUUGCAGAAAACUUGCUGCUCUUUGGUUGUUGAUGACCAAGAAAAUCCAUCUCUACCUUCAGAAUUUCAAAAUUGUUCUGAACACGUCCUUGGAUCUGUUAACUCAAGCACCAGCAGCUUAUCCGCGAACUCUUCUGACAAUUGCAAUACUAGUGGUUCGCUUGUGCCUCAAGAAACUUUUAGUGGCCACCCUGCUAUGGAAAACCGCUGGCUCUCCAUUUAUAAUGUAUGUCUAGAUCUACCGAGUUCCCCAGAAAUGCAGAAUGUACUGGACAGAAAAUCAGUGUCUUCAACUAACACAUUACAAGACGCGGCGAAGCUACCAGCUUGUAAUGGAUGCUCUUCUGGUCAAGCUAGCAAUGAUUUAGAUGCUGGGGGAGAGUUGACUUCUAGUAAGGUUGCAAUUUUUUAUAAUUCUGGACCCAUGAGCAAACGUGAAUUUCAUACGAGAAUGGAUGAGGUUCAUAAUGGGGAAACGGAAGUGCAACCUUCCGGCAAUGUGAAAAGUGAGAAGCAAGCAACUGGAGAUAAUAGUCCUUGCAGCACUAACUCUGAAGGUGAUCUAUUCAAGCUACAUUUUGGCAGUUUGUCAAUGUCAUACAAGAAGAACGAAUCAUCGGCAAGGAAAAGAUACUUUUCCAAAUAUGUUGUGCCGGACUAUCUUGGAAGCACCAAAAGACUCCUUCGAAUGCUGCCUCAUGAAUCUGAUUGUAAAACUUUGCAAAACGACGACGUAGCUCCUAAUAAUUCUCCAUCAGAGAACCCGUCAAGUCAGGUUUCGGCAGAGGAAGAACGGGAUAUUGCAAGAACAGCAGAGACCUUGCCAAGCACUAUGUCGGCACACUUUUCACAAAAUGAAAGCUAUCAAGGUGAAAGAGACUCGAAAAGAGUAAAGCUAACUAAAGAAGGAAAUGAUGACAGUUUUCCUGUUGCAAGUGAAUCGCAGGAGCAACGAACUAGUUGUAGGGAAGUAUUACUUGGUUUAGAUGCUGCAGCUGAUAAAGCAGUACAGUUCUUCUCAAGAUUAGUUACCCCGGGUUGUCAUGAAGAUAGUUUACAUGAUUCUGGAUCGGAGUUGUAUGAUGAAGCGGCCAAGUUACUUCCAUCAAUCCUAGAGAAAAUUAAUGAAGUUGCCAAGUUGGUGCAAUGCAAGAACAAAAAUAAAUGUGAAAGUACAAAAGAUGUUAUUAUGACAGGGUUUGAACCUCUCUUAGGAACAUUUGCUGAGAAUCUAUCUGAAAAGGUGGUUGAAAUUUUGAAGAAGAAUCUUGGUGGGAAUUCAUAGUUUUGAAUAAAUAGCUUUGUACAAUGAAGUAGCACCUAAUUAUGGUAAAUAAAUGACGUAUUAUGUCA